UUAAAGAGCAAUAAAACGGCGUCGUGUGAAGCUGCAUUAUCUUCUCCAUUGCUGCUUCUGAGCUGAACAAAUGGCUUCAACGUUAUCUUCUCGUCUCCCACAUCUUCCUUCCAAACCGGUAUUCCCACCUUCUAACUCCGGUUCAACUCUCCUCCACUUCACAUCCAAAAUCCGGUUUGAUCAGUCCCGGUUUAGAUGCUCGGCGGGUCAAACGGGGUUCUUCACAAAGCUUGGUCGUUUGCUGAAAGAGAAAGCCAAAAGUGAUGUGGAGAAACUGUUCUCAGGAUUUUCAAAAACUCGAGACAAUUUAGCUGUUAUUGAUGAACUCCUCCUUUACUGGAACCUUUCUGAUACUGAUCGUGUUCUUGAUGAACUUGAAGAGGUUCUAUUGGUCGCUGAUUUUGGGCCAAAGAUUACCGUAAAGAUUGUGGAGAGCUUGCGGGAGGAUAUAUAUGCAGGGAAAAUCAAAUCAGGAAGUGAGAUAAAAAGUGUUCUAAAGAAGAGUAUCUUGGAUCUAUUGACUAGUAAAGCACCUAAAACAGAACUCAGUCUGGGCUUCAGGAAACCAGCAGUAAUCAUGAUUGUGGGUGUCAAUGGAGGUGGGAAGACAACGUCUCUAGGAAAGUUGGCAAAUAGGUUGAAGAGAGAAGGGGCAAAGAUACUAUUAGCAGCUGGUGAUACAUUUAGAGCAGCUGCUAGCGAUCAGUUAGAAAUUUGGGCUGAAAGGACUGGUUGUGAGAUUGUUGUUGCUGAAAAAGAGAAAGCUAAGGCAUCGUCAGUUAUUUCACAGGCUGUUAAAAGAGGAAAGGAAGAGGGUUUCGAUAUUGUUUUAUGCGACACAUCUGGCCGUUUGCACACCAACUAUAGCUUGAUGGAGGAAUUGGUGGCAUGCAAAAAAGUUGUCAGUAAAAUUGUUAAUGGUGCACCUAAUGAAAUCUUGCUUGUACUGGACGGAACUACUGGUUUAAAUAUGCUUCCUCAAGCAAGAGAGUUUAACGAGGUUGUUGGAAUCACUGGCUUAAUAUUGACUAAACUUGAUGGUUCUGCUCGAGGUGGCUGUGUGGUUAGUGUGGUUGAUGAGCUUGGUAUUCCUGUAAAGUUUGUAGGUGUUGGGGAAGGUGUAGAUGACCUCCAACCGUUCAAUGCUGAGGAAUUCGUUAAUGCUAUCUUUCCAUGAGGCAUGAUUCAGUGACAGUUUCUCCUAGAUUCUAAGUGAACUCUCUGGUGUUGACAAGACACACAAACAUUUUGGAGUGAGGAGUAAUGAGACAUUAGAAAUUUUGUCUUUAACAGAAAGAGUGCCUUAUGCUCCUUUGUUUAUCUAGAUCUGCUCUAUUCCAUUGAGGCUGUGUUCAUCAGAAGAGACACUUAAGUUGUCUAGUACAACAGAUGCCAUUAGUUGCAUCGCCUUUUUGUUUUUCGAAAGAUCUGUGUCAUCUCAUUGUCAUUGUUACAGUAUUAAGUAGUAAUACAGCACUGCAGUUAAAGUUGAGUUUCAUUGGACACAGCUUAUACAAGAUUGAUGUACAUGAUUUUUCACUUCGUUCUCUUUCAAUAAUUCAUGGUUCAAUUGUGUAUUCCAACAA